AUGGCGACCAUGAUCACACGGAGACUCGGAGCCUGCCUCAACGCAGCAUCAACGGCAUCAACAGCAACAGCACACUCAUCGAUCCGACGCUCAUUCACAACCUCACCCGCCGUCCUCUCCCACAUUGGCAAGCAGACCCUCCCUUUUGGUUCGGACGUCGUCAUGACCCACGACCAGACGCCGAUCUUGACCCCUCGAGUCCCCGCAGACCUCCACUCGACCACUCUUCACAUUAAAGGCCCUCUUGGAGAACAUAUCCUCCCCAUCAAGCCAUACAUCAAGCUCGCCUUUGAACAGGAACAAGGAGACUCCCUCCUCUCGGUGUCUGUCUUGGAUCCCACCAUCAAGGAACAGCGGGCGAUGUGGGGUACCACCCGGGCCCUGAUCGCCAAUGCCGUCACUGGUGUCACAGAGGGGUACACGGUUCCUGUCCGUCUGGUUGGUGUCGGUUACCGUGCGGCAAUUGAGGGCGGCAACAAGCUGUCGAUGAAGUUGGGAUACUCCCACCCUGUUGAGAUUGAGAUCCCUGAGGGCAUCCAGUGCACGACCCCAUUGCCCAACAAGAUCAUGCUCCAGGGCAACAAUAUCCAGAGGGUCAAGGAGUUUGCGUUCAAGAUCAGGAAAUGGAGAGAGCCAGAGCCCUAUAACCAGAAGGGUAUUUUUGUUGGCGACGAGACCAUCGCCAAGAAGACCUCCAAGAAGAAGUAA